GAAAGGACAGCAGGCGCCCUCGCGCACGCGCCGAAACGAGGUCUCGCGCCGGGCUCCUCCCUCGUCCCGCCUCCUCUUCCAACGGGCGCCAGUGAGAGAGGCCUGAGCGCGCGCCGCCCCUCGCUCGUUGGCUGCUGCUGCAGAGGCUGCCGGGAUACUUCUGUGACGGGAUUCUCCUAUUAAUUAUCGUCGUCGUUGUUGUUGUUUCCCUCUCAUGGCUCACAAUCAGAUCUACUAUUCGGACAAGUACGACGAUGAGGAGUUCGAGUACCGGCACGUGAUGCUUCCAAAGGACAUUGCCAAGCUGGUCCCGAAGACCCACCUCAUGUCCGAGUCAGAGUGGCGGAACCUGGGGGUCCAGCAAAGCCAGGGCUGGGUUCACUACAUGAUCCACGAGCCAGAGCCCCACAUCCUGCUUUUCCGACGGCCGUUGCCAAAGAAGCCAGAAAAAUGAUGUGCUUGGGCCUUUCCCCAUGUUUUAGCUAUAAGCACCUUUAAACGAAAAACCCAGCAACUGUGUUUUUUGGAAAAGUUUGACAAAUGUUUUCACUAUGUCUGUCAAGAAAAGGCCACUCGAUGCAACAGUUAAUGCCGGACAAGAAAAGCUUUGCUUGCUGCAGAAAGACUGCCUGCUGAAAAGGAUUGGUUUUAGCUGCUGAAACAUUGAUAUUUUUUUACACUGGCUGAAGCCUUGCUCCUGCUUGAUCCCACACAGCAGGGCUGGUUUGGUUUUUAAACCCAGGAGAAUGCAGCGUGUUUCCCUGGUUGGAUAUUUCUAAUCUAUGUUUUUUAAAUCUUUUUUUAAAACCUUGUAUUUCAUGUUAAUCCUUUGGAACUUUUAAAAGUUACGCUUGAUAUGACUGUUCUUCAGGGUCUGUCAAUAAAGCACCAAGGUUUUACACAUC